AUGAAUAAUAAUACCCAAAACGUAACGAGAGGUCUAGCACAUUUCAUCUUGGAUUUAACAAGUCUUGAACGACGUUCAGCAAGUGUCAAUUCCACAUGUCAAUUUAAUUAUUGUACGUUUUUGUUCAACGAUCAUGGUGAACACAAUAGUACAUGCUGGGUGAUCAUCUCGGAUGAAACCAAAAGUGAACAAUUAUAUUUUCCGACCAUAGCUAGAUAUAUUCAUUUGUACAUAUACCCAUUGUUCAUUGUGAUGGGUAUCCUUGGUAACAGUUUAUCAUGCUUUAUAAUGUUCCUCAAUGUUCGACGUAGUGGAUUUCCAACGAGCCUUUACUUGACGUUGUUAGCAUUCGUUGAUUGUUUAUUCAUACUGGGCAGUGCAUUACCAGACUGGCUUUCUCAGUUGCAUCAUACACUCGAUAUAAAACUUUUAUCUGACUUUUCUUGUCGAUUCGUCUACUGGUUUGGUCAUUUCACUACCCAUUUAUCAGCAGGAUUAGUUGUUGGUGUUACCAUUGAACGCUUCAUCGCUGUCCAAUAUCCAUUAAUUGCACAUAAAGUCAAUACCGUGAAACACACUCGAAUCGUACUGGUUAUCUUAAUCAUCUUUUUCUUUCUACUCGAUAGUCCUGUAUUUGUGCUUGUGAAAAAAUUAGACGAGGACGUUCAUAUGGUUCAAACAUGUAACAACGAUUCCAAUGCUAGCUAUGAACGACUUGUUAUGGUUCGAUGUGCAUUAACCAAUCAGCAGCACAAACAAGCUUGGGUAUAUGUUGAUUUUGCUGUUUAUAUGUUGAUACCAUUUUUAAUUAUCGGAACAUUAAAUUCAUUAAUUAUUCAUCGGUUAAUAGAUGCGCAACGCUUUCGGGAGCGGAUGCUACGAAUUCAUAAUCACAUGAACCGAAACGACCCACAAGAUGUUACACACCGACAGUAUUUUGACAGUCAUGAAGGAAUUGAAUUGAUGGAUAAUCAUCAGCGUCAUAUGAAACGUUGUCAACAGCUCGUGGAAACUCAACCAUUAGCUAUUAUGUUACGGCCCCAAAUAAGUCAAACCGAAGAACGACGAAUGCGAUUCAAUACGAAACUAUCGAGUAUAUCAACGGAAUUAUCAACUAUAUCAUUCGAAUUGAAAAGUCGUUCGAAUCAUCGAUAUGAAGUUGCCCCGAUUCGACACAAACUCAUGCAUCAAACAAGUUCCAACAAUACACGUUUAACAAUCCUGCUCUUGUUUGUGUCAUGUUCAUUUCUAGCUUUGACAUUACCAGCUGUAAUGUUGAAUCUGUUCAUGCCCACAAGACUCGAAUCCUCUUCAUCAACAUUGUACAACUAUCAUUUGAAAUCUGAUACAACAAAUGACAAUCGAUCGGAUACGAUAUUUUACUAUACUCUCGCUCGAUUAUUGAUGAUUAUAAAUCAUUCGAUCAAUUUCAUUCUCUAUUUCGUUCUCGGCAAACGUUUUCGUCGUGAUUUAAAGAAGUUAUUUCUUGGCUAUUGGCGAAAAUUACAUCGCCGGCAACAUUCAUCAUCGAAAUAA